UACCACAGUUUAAAACCAAGAGGGCAUGACCCAUGGCUGACUGGUACAGUCACUUAAACAUUACAGUUUGAAUCUGUGAAAUUAAAAUAACAAAACACCACAAAAUGCAUUUUUGAUCUCAAUGCCGAUACCAGAAACAAGGAAAAAUAAUAGUUCAUUCAUGUCUUAGUGCUUUUGUACGAAAUGAAGUCCCAAGUCUAAAUGGGGCCCAAAUAUCUUCACAAUCAUAUUUGAAAGCAAUAUUGUAUUAGUGGUAUUCUUCAGCAGCUAUAAGUGCAUUCUUCAACUUCUUUUAUAAGUAAAAAAAAAGAAAGACAAAUAACAUUUAUAUACAUGUUAGUGUUUGAACUAAAGUUAAUAUGAACUAUGGAUUGAAAUAUACGCAUUAAUACAAAAGUAAAAAUAAAAGCUUCAUUAAUAAGUGCAGCUGCGGGUCAUUUUUCAUUUUGUCACUUCUCACAUCAAAAUUCCAGGAUUUGUUUAUCUCACAUUAGUUGCCUCUGGAGUACAUUCACAACGGAGCAUUAGUGUUUCUUACUGGCCGUAAAGCAAAACAGAAGUUUCAGAUCAUCACAGGAAAACUACAGGAAGCAACAUCUCCACGGGUCAACCGGUGUAGCCAGAGCGCUGAGUCAUUGUUCAUGCCUCCAUUUUCAUUCACGCCACAUAAGGAUCGGCCUGCUCUCCAAAAAAAAAUAAAACAAAACAAAACAACAGAUGCUGCAGCAAAAUGAAAUAUGGUGUACGCUUCAGACAGGCACAGAUGUAGAAAAAAAUAAUUUGGCUGGUGAUGUAGCUUUGAAUCGAAACUCCUUCCUCUGCUGUAGUGCAAUAAUGUAAUACAGAAAAGACAUACAGUGCUUCCUUUAUAUUUGCAUUACCCUGUAACAUUUGCAUUAACAGUCAUAUCAGCAGAUAUGAGGGAUGAAUGGCAGCAACAGGGGGUUUUGUUCCUUCCAUUGUGUCUGAUGAAUAGCCUGAAAUACAGUUUCCAACAUUUUUGGAAGAGCUUUUCCUGACAAUAACAAAACUUGGAGUACACAUGUUAUGUAACCACACAUAGAAAUAUAACACUAAUAAGACUAUGUAACAAAAAGCUAUGUUUUAAGAGCUUAAAAAAGUAAAAAGCUAUAUUUGUUCUGACUUCAGUAAGGCCUCAUUUACACUUCAUCAGUUCCCCAAAAGUUCACUCCUUCAGGUUCAGUUUUUGUUGUCUUAUUUUAGCUUCAUGUCUGGACAACACAGUUAUAAUAAACAUGAAGUCACUGUGGCUGCAUGUCAGUGCUCAAGAUCUCUCUGGCACCACCACCACCACCACCGGCGACACUUUUCCUCUUCCCCCAUUGCAGAUGUCUGUAGAUGGAGUCAAACACUGACACCGUGUAGCGUGCAAACAGGCUGGUCCACCUCACUGCAUCCACCAUCCAGCCCACGGUGCGCCCCACGAAGGCCACAAACACUGUGGUGUAGUGGGCCAGCAGCAGCAGACUCCUCCCCAGCUGCCUGCCAUGGUUGAUGAUCCGGUUGACUCUCUGGUCAUGUCCUGCCAUCAUUGCUGUGUCUUCUGUAUGCUUCCAAGUGUAGAGAUUUACUUAGUGUUCACUUGAGGGCUCAUUUUUCGUUUUUAAAGAUGUAUAUGAUCACGUAGACGCUCCCUAGGUAGGAGUAGGCGCCUAGGAAUUUGCACACAGUCCCUUAUGUGCGGCUGUCCAAUCAGAGCAAGGGAAGUUUUGUUUCCGGGAAUGUUUGGUGAUGUGGCUAAGCUCUGACAUCCAUCCGAGGAAAUAUAUCAAAUAAAAAGCAGAUAGAUUUACCUGGGGAGCACUCGCACAGUGCCAGCUUUAUGUUGAGCCGUCUGGCCACAGUCCUCCAGGAGCUCUCUGGAGAGGAGGCCCCAGAUGGAGACCCACAGGGCAUGCUGGUGCCUCAGCUUGCCGCCGGAGAGGGCCAGGCUCCAGUGGAGUCUGGGGCACCUGAGGAGGUCGUGGAGAGGCUGGCCCACAUGGAGCAACUGGUGGUCCAGCUGAAGGAGCUCAUCCGAGAGAAAGACACCCAGCUCGUCCAAAAGGACACUGAGCUGUCGAAGAAAGAUGCACAGCACAAGAGUGAGAAAGACGAAGCCGAGGCUCGCUUCACCAAACUCAAACUGCAAGCCAAAGCCAAGAUGGCUUCACUAAACAAACAGAUCACUGAGCUGAAAGGACAAGAAGGAGCGACACAGAGUCCAGACAGCUCUUUCACAGGAGCCGGUGCCGCAGCCGAGGAGGAGCUCCAGGAACUGAAGAACAAGCUGAGCGAGGAGGAGGCCAACAGCAGGGAGCUGCGGGAGCGACUCAAUGCCACAGAACGGCUGCUUCAAGAAAAGGAAGCUGCACAUGCUGAAGAGUUGCAGAAACUGCAGGCUGUGGUGUGUGAGAAGGACGUGCGCUUCCAGGAACAGAUCCAGAAACAUGAGGAGGAGCUGCUGAGGGUCACAACACAGUCUCAGAGUGACGGCGAGCUUCAGCAGGCCCUGCACACAGCGCAGAGACGUUGUGAAGAGCUGGAGGAGGCCUUGAACUCUCGAUCACAAGUCCUGGAAAUGCUGCAGCAGGAAGUGAGCAGCGCGGAUCAGCAAAAACAGAUCUUGACUGCACAGUUCCGGCAGAUGGAGCAGGAGCUGACCGAGGCCGUUAAGCGGAGGGAGGAGGACAGGCAGCAGUGGGCCGAACAGGCCAGCAGGGCAGACGCAGAAGUAGCGGCCCUCCGAACCAGCCUGGCGGACUUGGAAACGGAGAGAACAAAGGCGGCGAGGCAAGAGGGCGAGCUCGCCUCCCUGAGAGAGGCAGAGCAUGUUAGUCGGGAGGCUCUGGAGAAGGAGAGGAUGGAAGUUGCCAGAUUGGAGAGGGAACUGUCUCUGAUGAAAGAGGCUGAGCUCGCAGCCGUUCAAGCGAGCCGUGAUGCUUCAGAGUGCGACAGAGCGGAAAUAGUCCGUCUUGAAAGUGAACUUGCAUCUAUGAGGGAGGCAGCCGUCCAUGCCCACCAGGACGCCUCCGAGAGGGAGAAAUCAGAAGUUGAUAAAUUGGAGCGAGAGCUGGCGUCACUGAAGGAGGAACACGAAGAUGCCCAGAGGAAGAGUGACAUCCUGGGUGAAAUUUGGAGACAUCUACGUUCUCUGGCUCUGGAGGAUGUGCAAGCAGCAGAGGAAGCCCCCGUCCCUGCUGACCUCUCCCUGCUCCUGGACACUGUGCAGUCUAUUGAGUCACAACUGACAAGCCUGAAACAUGAACGCAGUGAGAGUGAGGGACGCUGUGCAGAGCUCACCCACUCCAUGGAAAGCCUUCAGGAACAACUGGACAUAAAAACUACAGAACAGGAGGAAACCACCGCCAAGAUUCAACAACUGGAGCAUCAGAUUGUAACGAUGUCUGAAAAGGAUGAUGUGACAGAAGCAGCAGCACAGGAUUCAUCUGAAGCUAAUAAAGCGCACAUAAAGGAACUGGAGCAGCAGCUUUUAGAAAAAGACAAUGAGCUGGUUGCCCUGCGAGAGUCCCUCAGACUGGCUAAAGAGCAAAGCUCCAGUGAAGUUGCAUCAUCAAGCUACGAUCAGACUCCAGAUCAGGGUCAGGAUGACAGCUCUGCAGCCCUGCAUGACCUCAUGGAAGAUACACAAGAAGAGGAGACCACCUUAGUUGCUGAGGACACCUCAGUCCUCUCCAUUCCUGCUGAUAAUGAGAGCAGCCCAGAGCUUAUUGGACACCAGUCUGAGUCCCCAGAGGAAUCCAAAGGGACCUCCUCAGACGAGAUGGUCGCCAGUAGUGAUUCAGAGGUGGCUCACAGCAGCUGGACGCUCCUGGAAGCUGUCAAUCAAGAUGGAGGCCAGGAGUGGCCGUCCAUGCUGCAGGACUUUGGCCAGCUGCAGCUGCAGUCAUGGGAGGCGACGAGCAUGGAGCAAGAAAAAUCCACAGUUCAAGCUGAGUCCUCCUCUGUCAUCAUCCGAGAAACGGUACAAGUUCAUGUAACUCAGCAGAGCUCUUCCACCACAGAUGCUAGCAUGACCUCCGGCCAAGUCUUUGCUCAGGCCUUAGCCGAGGAACUUCAGAAAAGGUACAGUGAGCUUUUGGCUGAGCUUCAGAGGCUCAGAGACGCAGCUGCAGAGUCACAGGAGAAAAUCAAGAGCCUGGAAGAAGAAACUCAGUCCCUUACUGCUGCAAAAGAAAAGGCUGAGUCCCAGGCAGAUAGCUUUACAGAGGAACUUAAGUCAGCCAGAGAGGAGUUGGACAAGCUCUCUGAGCAAAGCAGCACUGGUGUGGAGAAACAAAGUGUUGAAAUGCAACUCCUAGAGGAACAGAUUGAAAUUUUAAGCUCUGAAAGUAAAACAAAGGAAGACAAUAUCCAAGCGCUGCAGGCAGAUCUGGAAACAGCUCGCCAAGCUUUCUCUGAGCAGGAGGGGCAGGUCAGGAUGCUGAGCGCUCAGCUGGAGGACAGAGAGCUCCUCUCAUCUGAGCUUGAAAGGAGGCUUCAAGAGAUGGAAAGCAGCAUGUUGGAAUACUCUCAGACAUCAGAGCUCAACAACGACACUCUGUCCAAGAAGGACACGGAGAUCAGUGAGCUACAGCUCCGCCUCAGCCAAAAGGAGCAAGAGGUGAUGGAGCUCAGUGACAGUAUGUCUGCCAAACUCCUCCAAGCAGAGGAAGAGAAGUUCCAGAUAGACAGUGAAGUCAGUAAACUGAAGGGGCAGAUUGUGGAGCUGGAGAGAGUCCGAGACGAGAAAGAGACGGUGAGUUCUGAGGACUCCACUGCUCAUGUAGAUGAUGACCUCACGAGUGUGCGAAAGGAGAAAAAAGUGCUGGAAACCCAACUGGCAGCCGCAAAGAAGAAGUUGCAGGCUGCACUUGUGCAACGCAAAGAGCUCAUGAAGAAGGUUGCUGAAUUUGAGGUAGAAGCAAAGAAAUGGAAAGAGCGAGACGAAACAGCAAAGGAAGAAACUCCUGCUGACAUUCCAGCGGUAGAACAAUCCAGAGGACAUGAAAUUCAGGAAAUGGAGGCUAAACUCAGUGAACUCCAACAAGCUUUAAGAUCCAAAGAGGAGGCAAUUGGGACUCUUGAGCUGAAAAUUAGCCAGCAGGAUCAAGUUCUCACCGAAACAUUCGUUCUGAAUAGAAAGCUAAGUGAAGAAGCCGAAAACUCUCAGCAGGCACCUGACAGUUCUAAUGAAACGACUGCGUUACAGUCCCAAGUGGCCUCUCUCGAAGCAGAGUGCGAAACCCUUCAAAAGAAAGUUCAAGAGGCCCAGGAGUCUCGCAAGGAAACCAUCCGCAAAGCGAAAGAGAAAGACAGGCACCACCGUGAGCAGCUGAAGCAGCAGAAAGAAGAAUACAGCGAGCUCUUGGAGCGUUUUGAGGUGCAGAGCGGCGAGCGAGAAGUCCUCCUGACUAAACUGAGAGAAUUGGAAGAAAAGGCGAUGGCUGAAAAGAAACCUCACCAAGAGACAAAGCAACUGGUUGACAGUCUGGCAAAGCAAGCAACGAGUGAGUGGGUCCAGGAGGACUGGGUGGAUUUUGCCACAUCUGAGACGGAUUCGUCGCGACCACAAUCCAGCGAUCCAGUUCAGCAUCCUGCAGAGAUGGCCGACGUCCUUUCUGCACAGGUGGAGGAAUCUGUGAAAGCUCUCAGAGUAGAGAUCCAGACUCUGCAGGUUGCUAACACAGAGCUAGAGAAGCAGCUGCAGGAAACUCACAGCAGUUUGUCCCUGAAGGAGGCUGAAAUACUGGAACUGGGCAAAGAGCUACAGACACUAAGAGAAAAGGAAAGACAGAUUGAUGCGUUCUCAGAGGAGAUUAAUGAUCUCAGAGAAAAGUAUCACCAAGCUGAGUCUUACGCUGAAACCCUGAAAGCAGAGAUGGCAGCUGCAGCCGAAGCAGCAUCUGCGGACUCUACGUCCUCCAUUACAACUCUUCAGACCGAAAUGGACGACCUCAAGCAGUUCCUUGACAGUAAGAAUCACGAAAUCAUGGAGCUAAGCCAGCAGCUGAGCGAGCAGAACUCUCUCAUACACUCAAUGCAGGACACAGUGUCUCAGAAGGAUCAGCUCAUAUCAUCUUUACAGGAGGAACUGAAGGCUGAGCAAGAAAAAUCCCAAAGGUUAGAGGUCGAGGUUCCACUGAAGCAGGAGGAAGAAAAAGACAGCGAGGCAAAGAUCCAGCAGCUUCAACGGAAGCUUCAGGCUGCGCUGAUCUCUCGCAAAGAGGCCUUGAAGGAGAACAAAAGCCAGAAGGAGCAAAUCGCUUCAACUGAGAAGCUCAUGGCCGAACUGCAGCAGAAAAUGGAGUCAGCAGAGGAUGAGCUGGAGAAGCUGAGAGCGGAAAGAGUUAGACUGAUUGAUGAGGUUGACCGGACAUUACUGGAAAACCAGAGCUUGGGAUCAUCCUGUGAGAGCCUCAAACUGGCCAUGGAGGGCAUACUGAGCGAGAAAGAUGCCUGUAAGAGAGAAGUGGAGCUGGCGAAAGAAGAGGCCGCCAGAAGCUGCAGAGAGUGGGAGGAAAAGGUCCAAGGCAUGAAGGACGAGUACGAGACUCUGCUCAAGUCGUACGAGAACGUGAGCGACGAGGCAGAGCGAGUGAGACGAGUCCUGGAAGCCGCCAGGCAGGAGAGGCAAGAGCUCGCAGCCAGGGUGAGGACGCAUGAGGCUGGGAGGCAGGAAGCUGAAAGACAGGCGGAAGAGGCACAGAAGGAGGUGGAUUCAGUCAAAGACAAGAUGAGGAAGUUUGCUAAAAUGAAGCAGCAGAAAAUACUGGAGUUAGAGGAGGAGAAUGAGAGACUCAGAGAGAUGCAGGACAAGACUGUAGUAAAACGAGAGGACAGGGCUCGUAAAGCUGAGGUGGAGAGACUUCAAGAGGAGCUGGGGGCUCUGAAAGCUGAGUUGGAUGCUACAGUGGCAGAAAGAGACUCUUUAGGGCAGCAGAUUGAAGAGUUGAGGGAACAACUUGCCCAAACAGGAGAGAAAGAUGACACUGUGAUUCAGGCUGCUGCCGCUGUUGUAGAAGAGGUUGUCACUGCACAGCAGUCAGACAUAACUAUGACCAAAGCAGAGCCUGUUGAGAGUCAGAAUGAAGACAAGGAAAGACAAGAUGAAGAGACAGCAGCUGAUCGGAUAGCUGCAGUGAAUGCACCAGAAACACUUUCACAACCUACUGAGGAAAAAGAAAAAGCACAAAUGACUGAGAGUGUUCAGGCUGUGUUAGAGGCUAAGAUAAGGGAGAUGGAGGCAGCUAUUAAUGCAGAGAGGGACCAGUGGAAGGAACUGGAGGCUGGACUGAAAGCUGAACUGGCCUCUCUUGAGCGAGACCUUCAGGAGAGUAAAGACAAGGAGAGUGACGUGGCCGCUCUGGAGAAGUGCGUCCAAGAGGGCAAAGAGAGAGAAAAGAGCCUGAUUGAAGAGGGUUCAAAGAGAGAGGCUCAGUUCAAAGAGCUGCUCAAAAGCCUUGAAACUGAGAAGGACAACCUGGAGGAGCGUCUGAUGAACCAGCUGGCUCAGCUAAACGGGAGCAUCGCCGGCUACCAGCAAGAGGCCUCAGACCACCGGGAGCACCUCGCUGAGCUGCAGCGGGAGAUGGAGAGGCUGGAGAGGGAGAGAGCGGAGCUGGAGGCUAAGGCUCAGAGCGAGAGCGACCGCGCUGCCAGGCUGGAAGAGGACAUGAGGCAAGCUCAGAGAGAAAGAGCUGAAGCCGAAGCAGAGUCUGGUAAGCAGAGGGAGCUGGAGCAGCAGCUGAGGUCUGCUCAGAGGGUCAGGGAAGGCAGUCAGAGCAGAGCGCGUCAGCUGGAGGAGCUGUUGAGGGAGAAGCAGCUGGAGGUCCGUCAGCUGCAGAAGGACUGCAUCAAGUACCAGGAGAGGAUCAGCGAGCUGGGUAGAGAAGCUAAGGCGCUGCAGCUCGGCCAUGAUGAGCUCCAAAACAAACUGGAGCAAUCCCAACUGGAGACUUCCAAAACCAUAGAUGACCUGAAGAGGACUGAAGCAGAGUUGGAUAGCUGUAAAUCUCAGCUGAAUGAAGCCGAGAAGCAGGCGAGUGAAGCUUUAGCUGCGAAAACAGCCCUUGAACAGAACGCCCAGCAGAAAGAGGCCUCGAUGAAAGCCGAGGCAGAGCAAACCCUCGACUCUGUGAGAUUCAGGCUUGGAGCUGAGCUAAAAGAGAUGGAGCUGAGACUUGAAGCGGUAGAAAGAGAAAGGGAAAAGGAAGAGGAAGCCACUCUGGAGGCCAGAGAGGUCGCAGAAGGAGCCGAGAGACGCGCCCAGGAGAUGCAAGCCCGUCUGGAUGAGUCUCUGGCCAGGUUAGCUGCCUUCUCGCGCUGCAUGUCCUCACUGCAAGACGACCGGGACAGAGUUUUGGACGAGGCCAAACAGUGGGAGACUCGCUUCAAGGAUGCCCUGCAGGGUAAGGAGGCUGAAGUGCGGGAGGCUGAAACAAAGACCAAGGAACUGGCAGAGCAGCUUCAGAAAGAAUCUGCCCUGAAAGAGGAGCUUCAGCUUUCAGUGGACAGACUGGAGAAAGCAGACAAAGACUGGCAGCUGAAACUGGCAGAGGAGGAAAAGAAAGUCGCAGAGAGCCAAGCUGCCCUGGAGGAGGAGAGGAGCAAGCUUCAGCAAACUACAACUGAGCUGCAGUCUGCACAAAAUGAAGUCCGUGCCUUGAAGACUGAGGUGGAGAGUCUCGUUCAGAGGGCCAGAGCUCUGGAGGAGGCUGUGGGUCGGCUGCAGGGUGAAGUCGACCAGGCCAGGACUGAGCUGAGGGAGAGGGAGGCAGAGGAGAGGCGGCUGUGUCUGAACGUGGAGCAGCUGGAGACAGACCUGAGGUCCUCUAAGGCCCUGACAGAGAGUCUGCAGACUGAGUUACAUGAGAAGGAAAGAAGAGAGGUGGAAAUGCUGGGGGAGAAGGAGCAAGCUGUUGCUCAGGCUGCAGAGGAGGCCAGAAAGGAGGCUGACAGCAGGGCACAGGAAGCUGAGGAGGAGCUGGAGCAGAGGAGAGGGGAAGUGCGGGAUCUGGAGGAGAAACUGCGAAAGGCAGAGGAGGAGAGCAACAACAGAAAAGCCAGACUGGACUCUUUCAUGAAGGCCAUGGGCUCGUUGCAGGAUGACAGAGACAGAGUCAUGAACAUGUACAAACAACUGGAGGAGAAACACCUUCAGGUGAUGAUGGAGAAGGACGGUCUGAUCCAGGAGGCAGCAGGGGAGAACAACAGCCUGAAAGAAGAGCUGCGCUCUCUGCUGGUCCAGAGAGACGACCUGUAUGCUGAGAAUUCCCAACUGUCUGCUCAGCUUCACGGCUACCGCGAUGAACUGAACCAAGUCCUGAGCAUGAAGGACUCCCAACACAAACAGGUCCUGGCAGCUCAGCGAGGGCGAAUCGCUUCACUGGAAAAGCAACGCGAGGAAUUGGAGCGUCAGUUACAGAGCGUUAUCAGCGCCAAAGAGACAGAAGUAGAGGCAGUCAGAGUGGAGAGGGAGACUCUUAGCCAGGCUGCUGACCUUAAGACAGCACCACAGGUGAUAGAUGCUCCUGGUGCAGAGGUGGAGAAGCUGAGGGAGCAGCUGCAAGCAGCGAGAGAACAGGUGGAGGCUUUGGAGGAGAGCUUACAGAAGGAGAGACAAGAGCACGAGAGCAAGAGCAAAGAGCUUGCCGAGCUGCAAUGGGAGGGAGGUGUGAUGCGGACAGAGUCAGAGAGCGCUCAGGAGAGGGUGGCAGAGCUGGCCAGAGACUUGCUGGCCGUCGAACAGAGUCUGCUGGAGGAGAAAGAGAUGACUACAAAGCUGAGAGCGGAGAACGAGUCGUUCUCAAAAGCCAUGGCCUCCCUCCAGGACAGCAGGGACCAGGCAGUGAACAAAGCCCAGGAAAUGAGCCUGAAGCUGGAAGAGAUGAGCAGGGCAGGUGGCCACGCAGCACACAGCAGCCCGGGAGGCUCCACUGGAGAAGUGUGGGGGCUGAAGAACGCACUACAAGCCCUGCAGAAUGACAGGGAGAGACUGCUGGAGCAGCUUCAAACACAGACGUCUGAGCUGAAGAAGCAGAAGUCGGAGCUGGCCCGACUGGGAGCAGGAGAGCUGAUUAAAGUCAGCCAGGAGCUGUUUGAGGAGAAGAAGAAGAAUGAAGACAUGCUGGGUGCUGUAAUGCAGCUGGAGAAUGUGGUGGAAAUGGGAAAGCAGGAAAUAGAAACUCUCAGACUGGAGCGUGUCGACUGGAUGGCUCAGGCAGAGCAGCUGAAGCAGCAGACCCUCGCCACGCUCUCAGAGAGGGACCAACAACUGCGGCAACUCUCCGCCAUGCUGGAGGAAGCCCGCACUCACAAGCCCAAACUUCAGCAGGAAGUCUAUCAAAGAGAGGGUACAGAGGAGGUGGACAGCGCUCCUGGAGCCCCACAGGAGCGAAGCAGCCUGGUAGACAGCAGCACCUACAUAGCUGAGGUCAAAGAGCUACAGAGAAGGCUGGAUGACGAGAUGCAGCAGAGGGUGUCUGCUGAGGAGCAGCUGCUGGCCGUGCAGGAUAGACUCAAACGUCACAGCCAGACAAAAUGGCACUCUGCACACGACGAGGAUCACUCAGAGACUGCUGUCCUUAUCGAGCCAGAAGGAGUUGUCACUCGAACUCGAAGGAGCAGCCCGGGUUUGAUGCGGAUGCUCCGAGUGGCCUUCUGCUCCCGCCAGCGCACCCCUCUGCUGUUCAGCCUCUAUCUGCUCACCGUGCACGUCCUGCUGCUGCUGUGUCUGGGCGGAUACCUCUGAAACCAGCUCCUUUAAAAAAAAAAGAAAACUCACAGAUAAGAGACAGAGAGAGGAGGGGAGAGAAAAUGGAAGUGUGACACAGACCUAACCCAAGCCAUCAAUAUGUUUUAUAUUGUGACAUGUAAUGAGUUAUAGAAGGGUGUGAGGGAAGUUCGACACACAAACAUUGCACUUUACAGGACUUAGUCUUUUAGCCAAAGUAUGUGGAGUUAAAUAGGAAACUGUUGUCAUUGGUUUUAACUUUGAGGGAAACCCAAGCAGAGCGGACAUAAAGGGACUAAUAUUUCUGUUUAAAAAUCAGUGGUUUUAGUGGGUAAAAAUGUAGAUUCCUAAUCAAGUGUGUUGGCAGAUGGUGUUCUUCACGUGCCUUUAGAUAUGAACAUAAAAGGGUCACUUUAAGUUAGAGCAGAAGUCGGACAUUUUGGGGACUAAGCUACAGGUUUUGUUAAAUAUGACGCCACAGUCAGUGGUGUCCAUCUUGUCAUGAUACACCUCUUCUAACAUACAGAUGGAACGCAAACAAGUGUCCAGAUGUACUUAGAGCAUGGAUUUAUUAUAAUACCUUGAUGUCCGAUGUCAAGAUGGCGCCUAUUGAUUCCAAUGGAACGGCUCGCCUGGUACGUAGAGACAAGUAUAGCUGCAGACACAUUACAUUUGUAGCGUACACGACAUUCCCCGUGCCCACCACGAAUAUUAAAUAAACCCAACAUUGGGACGGUUAUCUGAACCCUGCUACAACACAGAGUAGUGAAUAAGGCUCAGAUGAAAGUCUUACCUUUACCCUUACCCUAUCUUUUACAUUACUACUUCACAGCUAGGUAAUCACUAGCGUAGCAUUUUUGGCUUCUGCUUCCUGGGCCAAGGGGCGAAGGAGGUUGAUAGUGGAUUGACGUGUAAGUAUGGUGGGUGAGUCACAUAGCUGCUUCAGCUGCAGUUACACCUACCACCCACAAGUUCCCGCUUGGCUUGUGUACUUUACAUUGUGAUGACAUCACAGAUUUUUGAAUCCCUUUUCUCGGCUCCAGGAAAGUUUUACAACUAUGAAACCUCCAUGGGUCGAAAAGUUCUACAGCUAUACAGACGUCUCUUUUAUAAUGGUGGCCUAUGGGGGAAAUGCUUUUUGGGGGACAGAGGAUUUUUGUUGCUGGAAAACUGAGAGUGGCCACUUGGGAACAAUUGGCUGCAAGGCUGAGCGGCUUUCCUGGGGGCCCGACUACGAGCAACAACAUUCAGGGAGCGCAGUGGGCCCCAAGUGAGCCUCAGAAACAGCUUUCUAUUGCUCUGAAGAUAAAUUGGAGGCAAAAUAGAGCCAGAGCAAGCAGUUUUCCAACAAGCGACACCUUGCGGAGCCUUUUCGAGCCCAUGACCUGAUGUGAAUUAAUUUAGGGGUCCUUGACAUGAAAAAGACUGAGAACCACCGGGUUAGGACAUCUUCACCGGGAAACUAUGAAACAAUUUGAUGGUUGUUCGCUUACUGGUUUGCUUUGCGGCCAGUCAGGAACAGGUCUCGCUCGACUCGCAGCAUUUCUCUGACCUUAGGACACACUCAGCAGAACAAGUGAGCACUCCAUCACUAAACCCAGAAACCAAAAGGCAGAGGAAAAGACAGUGGAUGACUUCACAGAUUUUGUUUUAUUACACCAGAUCCCAGUGAAGAUGUCCUGACCUGCUUCAUGUGUCAGUGUCGCUUGUUUGAUGAACCACUCACCCUGGCUCUGUUUUGGCGAAGCUUCACGCACCUCCAACCUGCUUUUAAAACACCAAGCUGUCGCUUAGGUUCACUCAGGGCCCUGAAUGCAUUCUGUAUGUUAGGAGGAGGUGUAACUCUCACCUGGAAGCGAAAAGCCUUUUUCCCAAAAUGUGAUUUUUAUUUAAAGAUGGCUUGAGGUUCAGGAUGUGCUGUUAUAGUCCAGUCUCUUCCUCUUCUACUCAUUUCAUGCACAAAAACGGAGCACAGUGCAAUUUCUGUUCUUACACAUUCCUGUUGUGUUUUCAUUUCUCUCUUCUUUUCUUCUUCUAUAAAUCAGUGGGAGCAUUAUAUUGAUAUUUGUACAUAUAUGUACAUGUAUGAUGCACAUCAGCUGGAUGUGGGUUUUCCCCUCGUACAUAUCCAAAAAUAUUCCCUGUCCAUGCUUGUGUUGCACAGAUUUAGAUUUUACAGUGUGCUCUGUAGUUUUUAUGGCAGGUGAAGCUGCCGUUGAGGUGCAAUGUUACCACAGUGUGGACUCAUUCCAGAGGAGAAAGACUGCUGUGUUUUCUAAUGAUAUCCAUCCCAUCAUAAACUACUCGGAUGUAGCAUAAUUUAUUGCCCAUAACAGUUACUAUGGUCCACCUACGCGUAUAUCGACAUCAUUCUCUUCAUUAUUUAAUCGCUCUCUGUUGGUGAAAAGAUUCCUCUGUACUCGUCUUCUUUUAACGUUCAUGUCCUUCACGUCGUACACAAACUUUAUCUGUAAAUAACUGUUUUAAAAAAAGGGCUGUAUAGAAAACUAAAAUGUAAUAAAAUUGUUGGUGGUUUAGAUCAGGGACAGAUCCUGUCAAACAUGUUCAUUUGUGUCUGUCGAACAAAAACAGACAUCGGGACUUUUGUUCUUUUUAUUUUGGGCUCAGUUACUUUUCAGUUCAAUGAUUUUAAACACGUUGGGUUUUUUUUCCUUUUAUUUGUGAAGUCAUUAAGAAUAAAUGGGUCGUCAUUAAUCAGUGAUUUUGAGUGAGUUUCAGCAAACGUUUAUACGUGUGGGUCAUGAUAAACUGUGACGUUUUAAAAUGCUCACAGUUAAGUGCUGGUCUUAUAAACACUACAGUGCUUCUCAAUGUGGGAGAAAGCAUCAUGUAAACACACUGUGCUGACACUUAAAGGUCUGGUGUAAGGGAUUUAGCGGCAUCUAGUGGCUCAAGUUGUGGACUGCAACCAACUGAAACUUACACCAUGUGUCAACCAUGUAGAAGAACUACGACGGCUGAUGCAAUAAUGGAAAUGGCCCUAUUUAGAGUCAGUGUUUGGUUUGUCUGAUUAUUACACACUUAAGAAAACAUACUUAUAUUUCUGCCAAUAUACCCCCUAAAUCCUGAACACUGGACCUUUAACUCACCAUCACUUUUUGCAGCAGUGCUCAAAGCACAUAAUAAAGACUAAACAUUCAUAUCAUA